GGUUUUAAACAAAAGCAGCGCAAGGCAUUUGUUUUUUUGUUCGGUUAUCGGCCUGCCACGCUUUCAGGGGGCGCAAAACCUCGAAAACAAAAUCAAAAUCCUUGUUUCUCCUUCUGGUCCUCCUCCUUCUCCGCCUUUGUAUCUCUACAACCUCUUUGGCAACGACACUUGAGAUUUUGUCACUCUUUUCAGUUCACCUGGGAGUUUUGUUUUCUGUAUGCUUCGAGUUUCUGGCUUCGAAGCCUAUGAAAGUUGUCCAUUUUUUCAACGGGGUCAAUCUCAAUAAUGCCUACUUUUCCUUCCUAUUAAUACUUUAAACAAAUUUUCAUAAUCCAUCCACAGUUUCUAAACAUGAUAAAGAAGAGACUUCUUUCGUGUCACCUCUUCUUCAAAACCAGAAGAGCAAUUACAACCUCAACUCUUCCACUGGACCCGUCAUAUGCCGCCGUUUCAUCCAUCUGCACCGACCAUAAAUCCUUUUGCCUCUCCUUGACGGAGCAACUCAUUGAACACGGCUUACUGUCCUCUGCUCAGCAACUGAUUCAACGCAUUAUUUCUCAGUCUUCUUCAGUCUCCGAUGCAAUAACAGCCGUUGAUUUCGUCACUGCUCGUGGCUUGGACCUUGAUUUAUCCACAUUCGGGGCUCUUAUUAAGAAGCUUGUGCGAUCAGGGUAUCCUCAAUUGGCGUAUUCUCUGUACUCUGAUAACAUUAUUGGUAGAGGUAUCAAUCCUGACCCCUUCAUUGUUAAUAGUAUGGUUAUAUGUUUGUGUAAGUUAGGGAAGUUAGAGGAAGCUAGCACCCUAUUUGAUAGGCUUUUAAUGAAUAAUUCAAGUGAAAAACCUGCCUUUAAUGCUCUUGUUAGGGAGCUUUUUGCGCAAGAAAGGUUUCUGGAUGCGUUUGAUUACUUUGUUGCAAUGAGUGAUAUUGGUGUUAAUCUGGGUUGCUGGUAUUUUAGUGGGUUGAUUGAUGGGCUAUGUCAAAAAGGGAACUUAGAAGAAGCAAUUCAAAUGUUUGAUCUAAUGCGUCAAAGAACAGGGUUGUCACCUACGCUUCAUUUGUAUAAGUCUUUGUUUUAUGGUCUUUGCAAACAAGGGUGGGUCCUCGAGGCAGAAUUUUUUAUAGGAGAACUAGAGUCGCAGGGUUUCUAUGUGGAUAGGACGAUGUACACUUCAUUGAUAAAGGAAUAUUGUAAGGAUAGGAAGAUGAAAAUGGCGAUGAGAAUUUACUUGAGAAUGCUCAAGACAGGUUGUGAGCCAGAUAGUUAUACUUAUAACACGUUGAUUCAUGGGUUUGUCAAGAUGGGUUUGUUUGAUCAGGGUUGGGUGUUAUACAACCAGAUGAUGGAGAAGGGACUGCAGCCUGAUGUCAUAACGUAUCAUGUUAUGAUUAGUAAUUAUUGCAGGGAAGGGAAGGUCGAUUGUGCUGCUAUGCUUCUGAAUAGCAUGGUCAGCAACAAUUUAGCUCCUAGUGUACACUGUUACACAUUUUUAAUCACUUCCUUUUACAAGGAGAAUAGGCUAAUGGAAGCAGCUGAACUUUAUAAAAGCAUGCUGACUGGUGGGAUUGUUCCAGACCAUGUUCUGUUCUUCACACUUAUGAAGAUGUAUCCUAAGGGGUAUGAGCUUCACCUUGCUCUUAUGAUUGUGGAGGCAAUAGCUGUUAAUGGGUGUGGGUUUGAUCCAUUAUUACUUGCAGUUUCUGCUUCUGAAGACUUGGAGCAAAAAAUUGAGCUUUUGAUUGGCAACAUUAAGAAAACCAACUUGACGUUAGCCAAUGUUGCAUUCACUAUACUUAUCAGUGCAUUGUCUGAGGGACGAAAAUUGGAUACCGCUUUGCAUUUCAUGGAUAAAUUGAUGAAUCUAGGAUGCAUGCCUCUGCUUUUUACUUACAACUCCUUGGUGAAGUGUCUUUCUCAGGAGGGUCUUUUUGAGGAUGCUAAAUCCCUAGUUGAUCUCAUGCAAGAUCAGGGUAUUUUUCCAGACCAAGCUACAUAUUUGAUAAUGAUAAAUGAACACUGUAAACGUGGGAAUCUAGCAUCAGCUUUUGAUAUCCUGGACCAAAUGGAGGACAGGGGAAUGAAACCUGGUGUUGCUAUUUAUGACUGCAUAAUAGGUUCUCUAUGCCAACAAAAGAGGAUGUUUGAAGCUGAAGAUAUGUUCAUAAGGAUGCUUGAGUCUGGGGAGGAUCCUGAUGAGAUUGUUUAUAUGACAAUGAUUAAUGGCUACUCAAAGAAUGGAAGACUCAUUGAAGCCCGUCAACUAUUUGAGAAAAUGAUUGAGGAUGCUAUUAGGCCAACUUCUCAUUCUUACACAGCUCUGAUUAGUGGGCUAGUGAAGAAAGACAUGACUGAUAAGGGAUGUAUGUAUCUUGAUAGAAUGUUGGGUGAUGGUCUUGUGCCAAAUGCUGUACUGUAUACCUCUCUCAUCAACAAUUUCUUGCGGAAGGGAGAGUUUGAAUUUGCCUUUAGAUUAGUUGAUUUGAUGGACAGAAACCAGAUUGAGCAUGACCUGAUUACUUAUAUUGCACUGGUCAGUGGUGUUUGCAGAAACAUUACCAGCAGGAAAAGAUGGUGCUCUAUAAAGAGAAGUUCUGAAAGAGCAAGAGAAAUGUUGUUCUGUUUGCUCCAUUACAGAUGUCUCCUGCCACGAGAAAAGAAGUUAAGAGUUUCUGAUAGUUCUCCUGAAGCAAUGAAAUGCUUUGCAUUGAAGGUCAUGCAGAAGGUUAAAGAAACAAGGUUUAUGCCAAAUUUGUACCUCUACAAUGGUAUAAUAUCUGGAUUUUGUUGGGCAGAUAGGAUGCAGGAUGCAUAUGAUCAUUUUGAAUUGAUGCAAAAAGAAGGUGUCCGUCCUAAUCAAGUGACUUUUACUAUACUUAUGGGUGGACAUAUUAAAGCUGGCGAAAUUGAUCAUGCCAUAGACUUAUUUAAUAAAAUGAAUGCAGAUGAAUGCACUCCAGAUAAAAUUGCAUACAACACUUUAAUAAAAGGCCUUUGCCAGGCUGGUAGACUACUUGAAGCAGUGUCCCUUUUGCAUGCGAUGCGCAAGAGGGGGCUCAUUCCUUGUAAGGUCACUUAUGAAAAUUUACUUGCACAUUUUUGUGCUAGUUAUUUGUGCAUCCCUGCAUUCAAGAUAUUUGAAGAAAUGCUUGCUUGUAAUGUUGUGCCUCGACCAUAUAGUUAUAACUGGUUGCUUUGUAUUUUAUGUGAACAAAAGAAAUUGCGGGAAGCUUAUAUAGUAUUUGAGACAAUGAUUCAAAGGGGCAAGUAUCCUUUAAAAUCAACAGAAAGGUUCCUGGUUGAGACAUUAAGGAAACAAGGAGAAUGUGACUUUGGUUUCAUGAUUCAAGAUAUAAUCCCUGUGUAAUUUACAUAAUUGCUAAAUGAACAUCAGGCUCUGGGAAUGAUGGAUAUUAAUCCAUCUCUUCAGCUGGCUGCUGGAACAAAGAUGCUGGUUUGCUGGUGACAGCAACCAGAUUGAAGGCUUCUGGGCUGGUCGAGUACUAUUGAAGACACAUUAGAAGGUGUUAGUUCAUACAGAAGGAUGGAAUGUAGCUCAAGGGUGGCAUAUCCUCAAAGUUUGCAAUUGUCACAACUGAUGAUGUGGCCUACUCAAAGUAGAAGCUGAUAUAAAAUGAAGGGUGCAAGAACAGCCAUUUUGCUGGCCAUGAAGAAUCACAAGUGUUUUUUGUUGCUGGCAAACAAUAUGAUGCAGAGUUCUGGCUGUUGUAAGCUUCUGAUGAGAUUCACAAGACUUCGCACUCUGCGACAAUGCAGAUUUUUAACAUAUUGCAGGUGGAUUGUUGGCCAUAGAUGGUUAGGAUGCGAAGGACUGCUGAAGGCAAGUGCUAUGCAUCGGCUAGUCAUACCACUUUUACAGAGUUUUCUUUUGACUGAAGAAGGGAUUUAGCUAUGAGACCACUGUUAUACUUUGUGUAUAAUAGAUGAAUCUUCCUUGCAAAUUUGAGGCCGAUCUUAUGCAUAAAUAGUGAAGGAUACCUUUUGU